UGCUGAUAUAUAUAGCCACGAAGCUAGACGUGAGAGUGUAAAUGCCGAAAUAAGCCAACAAUAAAGAAGGUUCAACUUUCCAGUUCGCGAAAUUUGAAUUAAAUUCACUCAUACUGUAUACGUGAUCACGAUCGUUUCGUCACUGUGACCCCGCUCUCGUAUAGUAGCUUAAUCCCACUCAAGUGGCAAACAUUGAAUAAGAAUACGCAGCUUCUGCAGUGCAAAAUGGUGAACAAAAAUCUUACUGAAAUUUUCCUGAUUGAGUACCGGUGGAUUGUUGUGCUUUUCUUUCUACUACCAGCUUCGUUUUUGUAUAAUUUAUUCUACAGUGUACGGAGUAAAAUAAUUUUUUGGCUGCACUCAGCACCAAGAAAUCAUGAUCAGAAAGUGGUCAACAUCCAAAGACAAGUACGGAAGUGGAAAGAAUCCGGAACAGUUGCUAAAAUGUGCACAGCUCGCCCUGGAUGGCAGACAAUGAGCUUUAGAAAGCCAAUGUAUAAAAAAUCAUGUUAUCAAAUCAACUGUAAUCUUGUUGAUGUGCUAGAAGUAGAUACAACCAGGAAAAUAGUUCGCGUGGAGCCUUUAGUAAACAUGGGGCAACUAUCAGAGACCUUGGCCGCUCUUGGAUGGACUAUCCCCAUAGUGCCUGAACUAGAUGAUCUAACAGUUGGUGGAUUAGUUAUGGGUACUGGCGUUGAAUCCAGCUCCCAUAUCUACGGCCUUUUCCAACAUAUCUGUGUCUCUUAUGAACUGGUGUUAGCAGACGGCAACCUUAUAAAGUGCUCAGAAGUAGAGAACACUGAUCUUUUUUACGCUGUACCAUGGUCUUAUGGUACGCUCGGACUGCUAACGGCUGUAGAAAUCCAAAUAAUACCAGCUACAAAAUAUAUUCGACUUCACUACGAACCAGUUGUUGGACUGCAGAAUAUCGUUAAUAAGUUCGAAAAAGCCUCUCGUGAUACGAAAAAAAAUCAGUAUGUCGAAGGAUUGAUGUAUACCUUAAAUAAAGCUGUAAUUAUGACGGGUGAGAUGGUAGAAGAAAGCGAAAUUGAGCUAACGAAGCUCAAUGACAUCGGAAAGUGGUACAAGCCAUGGUUCUACGCACACGUGCAAAAUAUUCUCAAGAAGCGAGAAAAAACUUAUGAGUAUGUGCCUUUAAGGGAAUACUACCACAGACAUUCUAGGGCUCUUUUCUGGGAAAUUCAGGAUAUUGUUCCAUUUGGAAAUAACAUCAUUUUCCGUUAUCUAUUCGGUUGGUUAUUACCUAUCAAAGUUUCUCUUCUUAAACUUACGCAAACUGAAACAGUCAAAAAAUUAUAUGAAAACAAUCAUAUAAUUCAAGACCUGCUGGUUCCAACAAGUACCAUGAAAAAAUGCUGUGAAGAGUUCGAUCGUUUGGUGAACGUAUAUCCAAUCUGGCUAUGUCCCUUCUUGCUACCCAGAAACCCAGGAAUGUUGAUGCCAAGUAACGGGAUGGAUGAAGAUCUGUAUGUCGACAUUGGUGUAUAUGGUGUGCCAAAGGAUCGCCGCUUCAAUGCUUCAGAAACAACCCGUGCCAUUGAAGAUUUGGUCGAAAAGAGCAAAGGUUUUCAAAUGCUGUACGCAGAUACCUACAGAACAAAAAAGGAGUUCCGGCGCAUGUUCGACCAUACUUUGUACGAUAAGAUGCGUCAAAAGUACCAAUGUGAAGUCGCUUUUCCUGAAGUAUAUGAUAAAGUGAACAAAAAUGUUCGAGAUUGAAAAAAAAAUAGUUCCAAUCGAAUUUUUCAUUUCCUAUUGAUUUUAUUUAUUUUUCUGAUUUGACAUUUUACUUACGGUGUUGCAAAUAUACUUACUAUUCAUUAUUAAUUCUUGAAA